CCUUAUUUCCCACAUCCAAGAAAGAAACCCAAAGCUUAUUCAACUCUAGGGAAAAUCAAAAUCAAAGAACCCAGAACCAGGAAACCAAGGAAACGAUGAGAAAAAGAGAAAAAAGGGAUUGGAAAUUGAAAGGUACCGAGUGGAAGGGUUGUCAAUAGGAGGGCAUGAAACUUGCAUUAUUUUUCCCACUCUUAACCUAGCAUUUGAUAUCGGUCGAUGCCCACAACGGAAAACAAUUAUUUUUUAUGGCCGAUCAUCAGUUCCUCUUAUUUUGCAGUGAAAAGGAAAGGAAGAUUCAGUUUUCAAGGAAAAAAGUGUGGAUUCGGUGCAGUUCAGUAGACUGUGAUCGGAUCCACCGCAGAAUGAAACCUAUUGUCCUGGAGAGUAGCUGGGGAACCUAUUGUCCUGGAGAGUAUCCAAGUCCUCCCCCAGAGUAUGAAACCUGCUUGGGAGACUUGUACAGUGUUGCUUGGAUGGAGGACAGUGACAUACAUAAUCUGUGGAAGGAGACUUUGCACCAGCAAUAUGAACUUGUAAAAAGGAGGACUAUCAAUGACAAUUCUGCAUAUGGCUCUCAUGUUAUGCAAUUUGGUGAUAUAGGAAUUAGCAUGGACAAUCUCUUCACAUGUUUGGGUACCAAUCCUGCUAACGAUAACUUCAAAUUCGUCGAUGGGAACUCAUUGUUGCCACCCACCAAAGCUGUUAAUCAGCGCUAUGCUGAUCUUGUCCAUUUCUGGGAUAAGUAUCGCAAGGCACUUGAUGUCUUGGUUAGGAAGGUUGAAGCUCAAAAGCAGGUUAUGGAAGCCAUGUCCCAUAGAAUGCAUGUAGACAACAGUAUACAACUCACUGGAAAGCUGUUAUUCGGAGUCAAAAGAGGCCCUGAAGUUUUAAACACUGUUCGACCAGCUGGUCAACCUCUUGUUGAUGACUGGAAAUGCCUUAAGAAAAUGGUAAUAUCCUUGAUUCUCAGUCCCUCUUCCUCAUUUUCCUUUUUCUCAUCAUGCAACUUACGAAGAUGCUCUGUUCAUCGACACAUGUGAGAACCUUUGAGACGCACUGCGGAUCACUGGCUCAGUACGGGAUGAAACACAUGCGUUCCCUUGCGAACAUCUGCAAUGCUGGCAUUGAGACAGAAAAGAUGGGUGAGGCAUCAGCACAAGCUUGUUUCAACAUUCCUUCAGGACAUUGGGGUUCUCUUGGGAACGGGUUCAGUGCAUAAAAUAUAGCAGAACUUUCAACUGUUGAAGACCUUAACUUUUGAAUACAUUCGUCAACCACGUAUAUUUAAUAGAACCACUUAUCGAUUGACUCAUACAUAUGAAGGGUGACUAAAGUUGUUUUGAAAAGAAAUGAACAUGAAAAUAAUUGCAGGGAUCCUAAACCGAUAAGCUUUGGUAUGAAGAAUAUCGAUAUACUGGCUUUGUUUGGUAUGAAGAAAGUUUUAGUUAGUUGGGAUUAUUAAGGUCAGAACUAGAGUCAUUGUUUGGCUGCACUUCGAUUUUUGUUAAGUUGAGCUCAAAUUUUAUUAGUUUUUUUGGCUCAUUGAGCUUAUAUUUUCUUUUUAUACAUGCAAAAUGGAACUGGAUUUAAUUGCAGUUAAAAAAUGCGCAAGUUCUGUGCCUGUGCCGCUAAUCUUUUUGUUUAUUUUGUGGCACUAAUUCAUAGAUUAGAAAUCAUGUCUUCUCGGUAAGGGAACGUUGGUUUAGUACUGAUGUUCUCUUCUUUUGUUUGUAUUGUAUCUAUUUAUUAUUUUUUUCUUUUUUGCAUUUGUAUCAUUUUACGUGACAGUGGCUGUCCUAAGGCAUACCACCCAGUCUGUAUCAAAAGGGAUGAGGCAUUCUUUAAAUCCAAGGCAAAAUGGAACUGCGGUAUGUUUGGAUUAAUUAUUUAUCACUUUUAGUUCGAUUUAAUUAAUAUAAGUGCUGGGGAGAGUUGAAGCAUGAAUUCUACUGUCUAAUAUAUCAUAAAAUAUGAAGGUAUAAUGUGUCUCUGCCCUUUUCAGACCUUAUUUUGUUGCAAGAUAAUUCAUAGUUAACAACUCAAAAGAUAAGUAAUGCGCAUCCAAUAUUAUUAUAGCACUUUUAUUUUUUGAUAUUAUAUAUUCUAGCUUAUCCAAAAUAUAAAAAUAAUGUUUACUAUAAUAUAUUUAUUUAUUUAUCUUAUUAUUUUUUUAAGACCUAUACUCGUGUUUUCAUUUUAAGACAUACACGGAUAAAGAAGGUAUCAUGCAGCAGCAGUUGUUGGCAUUUAUCCCAAGACAUCACAAGCACUACAUUUUACCGAGUAAAAAUAGUUGAUAGAGGCCUUCUUUUUUUCCUGGAAGCUAAUUAGUGGGUUGAAGUUUUGUAUGUUUUCUCAUUUCCAUUUCCUUUUUGUCCUGUUUCUUUGCCUCUCUUCUAUUGCAAUUUUUUCUAAGCCAGAUUCUGUCAACAAGAAGGUACAUUUUAGUCCACAGUUACAGACAGAUCCUAGGGAAAAUUAUCUCCAUGCUAAAUCUUGUCUUCAGCCUUCAGGCUUGCUGAGAACAUCCAAGAUGCUUAUGGUGAGGCAGCUAGCAUUGCUGAACAGUCGCAUUAUUUAACACCAAAACCCAUAUUUUACGGGUUUUUCAAAGAAGAAAAAUGCUGGGAAUAGAUGGUCUCUGCAAAAAGAUGGGCUACAAGGACGCCAAGUUACUGAUGCUUUACGGGCUCUGAUAGCCAAUGGCGUUGAAGCGGGGACUAUCCAGUGUGGGCGCCCAAAGGAAUAGAAGUUCUGGAUCUCGCUUAUGAUCGUGAUUUUUUUUCUUCUCAAUUCUGAUGCUCAUUGCUUUGAGUUCAUUACAAUUCUGCUGCUUUCAGUUUCACGCUCAUUGCUUUGAGUUCAUUACAAGAUUUCCUUGAUUAAAUAAAUGUAUUAUAUCUUUUAUUACCAAGAUUUACUUGAUUAAGAAAAUGCAUUGUAUGUUUUAUUACCUUGCAUAUGUAUUAUUUAUUUAAGUUUUGAUUCUAAAUUUUAUUUUU